AUGAAACUGUGUGACGCUCUGGUCCUUCUAGUCCAACAGGCCAGCUUUCUGCUGAGAGCGGCUCUGCUCUCCGUCCUGCUGUGUGGCCUGCAGCACGUGCUAGCAGACUCAGAUGAGGUUGCCCCGACCGAAUGGGAGCUCUGGAAAAGCAGCCAUGGCAUAAGCUACGAUGAAUUAGAUGACAUGCAAAGGAGGACCAUCUGGCUGGAGAAUAAGCAGAUGAUUGAAGACAAUAACCAAGGGUUUCUCAUGGGGAUGAGGACAUACAGCAUGGCUAUGAAUAGAUAUGGAGACCUAACAAAACAAGAAUACCAGAUUUUGCAAGGUGCCAGGAUAAAUGCCCAGUUUGCAAAGAGAGAGAAGGUAGCCUCAGCUCGACGACUGCGUAACAAUGCAAGGCAUUUAGAUGGUUAUGCUGUCGACUACAGAAGAAUGGGUUAUGUCACUGAGGUUAAAGAUCAGGGUUACUGUGGCUCAUGCUGGGCCUUCAGCACCACAGGCGCUAUAGAGGGACAACUGUACAAGCAGACAGGUCAGCUAAUAUCCUUGAGUGAACAAAACUUGGUGGACUGUUCCAAAAACUUUGGUACCUAUGGCUGCAGCGGAGCCUGGAUGGCCAAUGCUUACGACUAUGUGGUCAGCAACGGGUUGCAGUCGACAGACACCUACCCAUACACCUCAGUGGACACUCAACCCUGUUUCUACGACAGCAGACUUGCAGUUGCUCAUAUCAGAGACUACAGGUUCAUUCCCCAGGGAGAUGAGCAGGCUCUGGCUGACGCACUGGCAACUAUUGGGCCCAUUACAGUUGCUAUUGAUGCAGAUCAUUCAAGUUUCCUGUUUUACAGCUCAGGAAUAUAUGACGAGCCCAACUGCAGCCCCAACAAUCUGAGUCAUGCAGUGGUCCUGGUUGGCUAUGGCUCAGAAGAAGGCCAAGACUACUGGAUCAUCAAGAACAGUUGGGGGACCGGCUGGGGUGAAGGCGGUUACAUGCGAAUUGUCCGAAACGGCAGAAACACUUGUGGCCUCGCCAGCUACGCCUUGUACCCUAUUCUAUGAUUUGGUAAGAUGUGGUAGUGUUAAGGCUACCCUCUUCCACUGGACUUCAUCUCCAGAAAACAACAGUCAGUGCUCAUACAGACCAAGCCGCCUCUGUACUCCUAUC